CGAAAGCUUUGAGAACCAUCCUUACCAAAUAGGAGUCCCAAUUUGGGCCCCUGCCAGAUCCAGCUCUUUCGCUACGAUGCAUUGUAGAAUCAAGCCUUAUAGCAGAAUAAAAUGCAGCAUUCAAUCGUCUGGCUUCGCAUGGAGCGGUAGAACAGAAAACUUCAUUGUAAUAAGAGCCUAUCGUCGUAGAUAGGGCUUACAGUGACCUGAUGCUAUGUCUGCCCAAAGACCAAGAGAGUGCAUCUUUGAGGACCCAUCAAAAGCGUCAACCACAAUGUAUUCUCAAUUGAAUAAGCCUCUCCCUCCAAAACCUCUCAACUUCCGAAAGCCGAAAGUGAAAAAAGAGGGCUUUUUUGUGUCUAGUUCUGCUAUGAUUUCCCAAUGGACCCCGACAUAUUCGCGACCCGGCGACGAGGAGAUUAAUAAGGAUCUCAAAAACAAGCCUCUCCCUCCAGAUCCACCCGACCCCGACUUAGUGGCGCCUAAUCUACCUGAUUCACCAGCCUUGUUAGAUGAGAUCGUUGGUAACAUGGAGCAUGCGGCUAGGAUGGAUGAUAUGAACCAAAUGUCGUUGUUGCUGCCGGAAAGGUCUCCGGGACCGUUUGACAUUCCUUCGGAUCAAGUCGAUUUUGACAAAGCAAGACAGUGUGUCUGGUCUCCAAAAGAGGUAGAUAUUGGCUAUGUCGCGGGAAAAAUUCACCCGCUGGCAUGUACAGUUAAAGCUCAGCUUUGGGAAGGUCAGCACCACAACGCCGAACGAGAGAAAAUUAUGCCGGUGCAGGCUCAAUCAGGAGGCAAAUCUGACAGGGGUAGUGGAGACUUGGAAAUCAACAUUCGACGACCUUUAGCGUUCAACAGACCUUCCAGUCAAUUUCUACGUACGGCAGAAGCGCUAGGAAGAGGGCUGUUAAGUACAUUCUUUGGGUUUGAGGGUCACCUAGAUGCUUUGAAUGGUCGGCAGCUCGAACGAGUACGAUACCUCCUGGCCAAUCAGCCUCGUCCAGAGGAUGUGAUUGACAAAGACAUAUACCCCAAUUCUUGCUGCGUAUGGCUCCGAAACUUCAUCGUGGCUUUUAUUCGCAAGCUCAACUUUGACCACAGCCGAAGGACAGGCCUCACCGACCUCCACGGCAACCUCCACGGCGUACAUCGAGGUUUUGGACUUUUGUGGGGCUUUUUGGACGCUUGUGGUCCCACAGUCGUGCUCACAGGUGUCACCAAAGGAGGUAAUGCGUUAAACGAGUUCCAAUGGUUCCAGGAUCAUGCUGUCCGCCCGACGGAUGCAGAGCAUAUGUUCCAGAUCUGGAAUGCUUUGAAGUUACUUCUUAAAUUUCAUUAUACCGAAAAAGAAGUGGUUCUUAUCAUGAGACAUGGAUUGGGAGCAAUACAAAGGCAUUUGUCUUACAAGCGCCUUGACUUGAUAUGUCCUGAUGAAAUUAACGUGACCGAAUUCUUUGAAGCAGCGUGCAUGGAAUGGCAAGAUUCCCAAGCCUUCGUUGACAUUUAGACUCCCUUAGCAACGCGAUUCACCCGAGAGCAGUGUAUCAUCAAAUUGAGGCCAUAUUCCAAGAUCGGAUAUGCUUUAGGCGAUUGACUAAGGACUAUGUGAGUGCAAAGAGGAAUAAUUUCUUUUCGAUAUAAUAGGAUUGACUCUUUGAGGGCGUGCCUUUUUCUGAAGAAGAAGGUGAGGUGCUCUCUCAAGCCCUAAAUAACUAGACAGUACCCCGAAGAGGAAUGCUUCGUCUGCUUUGUGGUUGAAAUCACCCAAUUGAAUGAUUUUCGUAUUUGUUUACCGCCUAUGUGUUCUGUUGAUAGAACAGACUUUGUACAGUCCAGCCGCAGUAAAGAAAAAUUCUCUCUGAUUGCAAUACAGGUGCUGCAAAAGGGAGGUACUGGACAUUGUUCCAUGUACACGCUUUGGACGUCCGACGCUUGGCUUCGUUAACUCACUAGCCAAUAAUCCAAGGGUGUGGCAGAUAUAAUGUCAACCAGCUAUUUUCCAAAUUGCCAAUAGAUUUAUAACACUGAUACCAAGUUGGUGUUUGACCACCAUCCUAUAUUCCUAUAAUCAAAAUUCGACCACGACGAUGACAACCUAAGCGCCCGAUUCUAGCACAACCUAUUCCCACGGCCGACAGGGCUGCUCUUAUUCGCAUUCGAGGGCGAAGUCCCUUGGUUGCAUGUCAAUUGACGCCCUGAGUAGUCUGGAGGGUCUCAAUGACCUCUUGGUCGUCCUUUUAUCAAGCCAGCGAACUGGAUGUCGAGUCAAAAGAAGUGAAAUUACCAACUGCCUUGGUCUAUUCUGCGGCCGUCGCCCCACAACUCCCUCAGGUCCAUCGGCUGCGAAACCAC